UUCGUUAAACUUCCUUCGUCUUUUUUUUCGAAAACAAAUGCUGAAAUUAUUUUUCAAAUUAAGUGCAAAUAGGCGCAGCCAUCAGACCAUAAAAAAGACCCUACUCUCGCAACCUUUGGAUCACUUGACCAUGUCCCGACCGAAUGCUUCGGUCAAUCGUCCCACGGACCUGAGUCGUCCGUCAGUCGAGGAAUCGAAUGCGAGGAUUGUGUACCCAGAAGCACGGAAGGAUAAUAAAGCCGAGGAAAUGAUACAUGAUUACAGAAUACGAGACGUUUAUCGUUGGCUUGAAGAUCCUGAUUCGCAAGAAACUCAACGAUUUGUGAAUGCGCAAAACAACAUUAGCCAGCCGUUUCUCGAAAAAUGCGAGGAAUGGGAGAGUAUCAAUAAUAAAUUGACGAAGCUGUGGAAUUUCCCGAAGUAUGGAUGCCCCAUGCGUUACGGAAGUUACUAUUACUACUUCAAGAACACGGGCCUGCAGAAUCAGAGUGUUUUGAUGCAGCAGGAGACUUUGGACAGCCCCGAGGUGAUUUUCCUGGAUGCCAAUAGCUUAUCCGCGGAUGGAACCACGGCAUUGAGCCAGAAAACAUUCUCCGAAGACGGCGCUUUCAUGGCCUAUGGACUGAGUGAAAGUGGUUCGGAUUGGAAUAAAAUCCGCAUACGUAGAACAAAGGAGCGCACCGAUUUUCCUGAGACUCUGGAGAAGGUGAAGUUUUCAAAUGUCUCCUGGACGAAGGACAACAAGGGCUUCUUCUAUGGUCGGUAUUCAGGUCAAGAUGGCAAAACUGAUGGAUCGGAGACAAAGCAGAACGAAAACCAGAAACUAUAUUACCAUCGAGUGGGAGAAAGUCUAGAUCUGGAUACUUUGGUUGCCGAAUUCCCUGAACAUCCUUCAUGGCGGUUCCAAACCGAUGUUUCCGAGUGCGGAAAAUAUCUGAUCUUAUCUAUAAGUCAUACUGUCCGCGAUAAUAUGCUGUACUAUGCUGAUUUGAAGCCCGACGAGGCUAUCACCUCGAAGCUCGAGGUGAAGCCCAUUGUUGAUAAAUUUGAGGCUGACUACGAUUACAUAACCAACGAAGGAUCCAAAAUGUACUUUCACACCAACAAAGAUGCUCCCAAUUACCGCGUGGUGGUGAUUGACUUUGAAAAUCCCGCUGAGGCGAACUGGUCCACCCUGAUACCCGAACACGAAAAGGAUGUCCUGGAGUGGGCCAAGUGCGUCAAUGGGGACAAGCUAGUGGUGUGCUAUAACCGCGAUGUGAAGAACAUCCUUCAGGCCUGUGAGUUGCACACUGGGAAACUCAUUCGACAAUUCGGCCUGGAUAUUGGCGCUAUAAACGGGAUUUCUGGAAAAAAGAAGUAUUCCGAGAUCUUCUACAGUUUCUCAUCGUUUCUAACGCCAGGAAUCAUCUAUCACUACGACUUUACUAAGCCCGUUGAGAAGCCAAAAGUACUGCGAGAAACGAGCCUCAAUCUGGAUGGAUUUGACCGGGACAACUACAGUGUGGAGCAGGUGUUCUAUAAAAGCGCCGAUGACACCGAAAUACCCAUGUUCAUUAUACAAAGAAAGAGGGAUGUUGUGGAGCCCCGACCUUGCCUUCUGUACGGUUAUGGCGGGUUUAACCACAGCCUGAUGCCAUCGUUUGGCAUAACUGGUCUAAUGUUUAUGGACACUUUUGAUGGGGUUUUGGCCUUUCCCAACCUGAGAGGAGGCGGGGAGUAUGGUGUGGAGUGGCACAACGGAGGCAGGCUGUUCAACAAGCAGAAUUGUUUCAAUGAUUUCCAAGCCGCCGCCGAGUACUUGAGCCAGAACAACUACACCACCAAGGAUCGGUUGGCCAUACAGGGCGCCUCGAAUGGUGGCCUUCUGGUGGCUGCCUGCAUCAAUCAGCGGCCGGAUCUUUUUGGGGCAGCCGUUGCCCAGGUCGGAGUUAUGGAUAUGUUGCGAUUCGACAAAUUCACCAUCGGUCAUGCCUGGUGUUCGGACUAUGGAAAUCCCAACGAGAGGGAGCACUUUGCAAACCUCUUCAAGUACUCGCCGCUGCACAAUGUUCAUAUUCCGCUGAACCCAAAUCAGGAGUAUCCUUCGACUCUGAUCCUGACAGCCGAUCACGACGAUCGUGUGAGUCCUUUGCACUCUUUCAAGUUUGCAGCCGCUCUCCAGGAAGCCGUGCGACAUUCGGAGUACCAACUGAACCCCAUUCUACUGAGGGUUUACACGAAGGCAGGUCAUGGAGCUGGAAAGCCCACCAGGAUGCGCAUUAGUGAAUCCACCGACAUAAUCACGUUUCUCAAGAAGACCCUCAAUGUCGACUGUGUCAAUCUUUGAAGGAAGUUGUCCUAAAAUAUACAAGAUGGGUGUUUCGGAUAUGAAUCGAAAUUAUUUUUGAAAUUAUUUUGGACAUUUUCCAGUUAUUUAAGAAGGAUUUGUAGUUGGUCCCUAGUUCACAUAAACCGAUAACCUAAACACUUUUAAA